AUGGCAGACUCAGACAACGACUCUGGAGGACAAAACCCCUCAACCACCAACGAGAUGUUAUCCCCAAGAGAGCAAGACCGUUUCUUACCAAUAGCCAACGUUAGCAGGAUCAUGAAAAAAGCACUACCAGCAAACGCUAAAAUCUCCAAAGAUGCCAAAGAAACAGUACAAGAAUGUGUGUCGGAGCUCAUCAGCUUCAUUACAGGAGAGGCCUCUGAUAAGUGCCAGCGAGAGAAGAGAAAGACAAUCAACGGUGAUGAUCUCUUAUGGGCCAUGACUACCUUGGGCUUUGAGGAAUACGUGGAGCCCCUCAAGAUUUAUCUGCAGAGGUUUAGAGAGAUGGAAGGAGAGAAGAAUACUGUGCCCCGUGACAAGGACGCUCCUUGUGAUGGGAGUGGGGUUGGAGUGGACGCGUUUAGUGGGUUCGUGUACGGUUCUGGUGGUGGGUUUAUUAAUCAGAUGAGUGGUGGGCCUGGAACUAGUUUGGGCAGGCCCAGAUAG